AUAAGUAGAGUAGUUUGAAGCAAGCGAGUGGGAAGCGGCCCAACAAGUUCACCACCAACGUCCACGAUCCAUUUACUUUACUCUCGUUGCCCUCGGCAUCGUUACAUCCAAGUAAUAAUCUCUCGCCUCUUUCUUCCAGUGAUCUCUCUAUCGUUUUGCUCUCGUCGCCCUUCCCAAGUUCGUCUAUUCGUAUCUGAUUGUAAUGGAUCGUUAUUCAAAGAUCGAGAAAGUUGGCGAAGGUACCUACGGUGUGGUUUACAAGGCCCGUGAUGUUACAACAAAUGAAGUUGUGGCCCUGAAGAAAAUUCGCCUUGAAGCCGAGGACGAAGGCGUCCCCAGCACAGCUAUUCGGGAGAUCAGUCUGCUCAAGGAACUCAAGGAUGACAACGUGGUCAGACUCCUUGAUAUUGUCCAUGCCGAUCAGAAGCUCUACCUGGUGUUCGAGUUCCUGGAUGUAGAUCUGAAACGUUACAUGGAAAACUGCAACAAGUCAGGCAGCCCUAUUACGUUGGAUAUUGUGAAGAGAUUCACUCACCAACUAACGUCCGGUCUUCUAUACUGUCACUCACACCGAAUUCUGCAUCGUGAUCUCAAACCCCAGAACUUGUUGAUCGACAAGCACAACAAUCUGAAACUCGCUGAUUUCGGUCUUGCCAGAGCUUUCGGUAUCCCAAUGCGGACUUACACUCAUGAAGUCGUCACCCUUUGGUAUCGAGCGCCAGAAGUACUCCUGGGAUCCCGUCACUACUCGACAGCAAUUGAUAUGUGGUCGGUCGGUUGCAUAUUUGCCGAAAUGAUUCGACGAGGACACCCACUGUUCCCUGGUGACUCCGAGAUCGAUCAAAUCUUUAAAAUCUUCAAGAUCCUCGGUACACCGAAUGAGGAAACUUGGCCGGGAGUUCGCCAGUUACCUGAUUACAAGCCAACGUUCCCUCAGUGGGUGGCACAAGAUGUUGCUCAUCAAGUCCCUACGCUGGACGUCAAUGGGCUUGAUUUACUCAAGGCGAUGUUGACAUACGACAUCUCUAAACGUAUCUCUGCCAAGCGCACACUCGACCACCCCUACUUCGCCGAUUACGAACCCUGAUUGUUGUCUUGUUGUCUACCACUGUCCCUCCCUCCAGAUUUCGUCAUUUCGCCAGGUCGCAUCGCUGUUUCUGCACUGUUUCUCACCUAUACAAACCCUGUCAAUUCGCAUUGCAUAACAUAUCACUCAUUCUAACACUGUACUGUAAAACGAGUGUUGUCCGUUCGUUAAACUUGUUAUCGAUGUUGGUCCUUCUUGAUGUUGGCGACACCGAAUUAUAUCACACCCAUCCUCGUAUGUAAUAUUGACGGCUUUUAUAUCUACGUAGUGUCCGAUCUGCAUGUAACAAGACGCUUGCAGCCCGGCUCUUCUCAACCUUCUUUCGCAUGUCAUGAAUCUUGUCUGGUCAUGCGUAUGGAGGCCACCAAUGUUGUAUCUAAGCGUUUCUGCUGAACGCUCUCAGGAGCGCUCUGCCUCAUCACCACGAGAUAUCCCUUUUUUUCGAC